GGCCCCGGAAACACUUGCGGGUGUUUGUGAGAAAGCCCCUCUCGAUGCCGGCUCUGUCACGGAAAGGGUUUAUGUCUUCAGAUCCGCCGGUUCAGUGUCGCCCAGGGCGAUGGGCCUUCUGCAGGGCAAUUUUAUUCUGUCUAAGCGAGUUUGAGGCCCAAGCAAACAUCAUGGUUAAAACAACUGGGAACUGCGAUCCGCUCACCCUUCGGGGUUCGUCUUGAACGCAAAAGGGAAAAGGAAAAACCUAAAAAAAAGAAAGGAAGAAGCUGAUUGCCCUUGAGUGACAGUGUUGACAGGAGCUGUUGCUUGGACCUGAGCCCUGGACCAGGCAGCUUGCCCACCGGCUCUGUCCUCCCCGGCGCCCUCCUCGGAGUGACUUGAACUCUGACGCCCUUUGUGGGCACUGCGUGACGUCAGGAGUCUGACGUCAGAUAGGAGUCUGACGACAGCAGACUGGCUGGGGCAAACAUGAACGUUGGCGUGGCCCACAGCGAGGUGAACCCCAACACCCGGGUCAUGAACAGCCGGGGCAUAUGGCUGACGUACGCCCUGGGCGUGGGCUUGCUUCACAUCGUCUUGCUCAGCAUCCCCUUCUUCAGCGUUCCCGUGGCCUGGACCUUGACAAAUGUCAUACACAACCUGGGGAUGUAUGUAUUUUUGCAUGCUGUAAAAGGAACACCUUUUGAAACUCCUGACCAGGGUAGAGCAAGGCUCCUAACUCACUGGGAACAACUGGACUAUGGAGUACAGUUUACAUCUUCUCGGAAGUUUUUCACAAUUUCUCCAAUAAUUCUAUAUUUCCUGGCAAGUUUCUAUACCAAGUAUGACCCAACUCACUUCAUGCUGAACACAGCUUCUCUCCUGAGUGUGCUGAUUCCCAAAGUGCCACAGCUACAUGGUGUUCGGAUUUUUGGAAUUAACAAGUAUUGAAAAGCUUUGAAACUGAAGGAAAGCGUUUACAGCUGCUGAGUUGCCUGUAAGGAAGGAGUGGUCAGUAAACUGCUCCCAUGAUAGUGUGAAAUGAGAGGUAUUUGCGUUGGAGAGCCUAGUGCUGGUUCUUCAUAUGCUGUGUGAAGUGCAGGCUCUUACUGGAGGAUGCCUGUGCUUAAUGCAGCUGGUACCUUUCUCAAGAGAGGCUUCAGCGGGAGGCUGGGCAGGCCCAGCUUGUAAGUUAAAUGGCUAUAAAAUGAGAGUGUAGUAGAUACUAAGACCAGCUCAGUUUAUAAUGAAUGGGCACUACGUUAGGAGAAGAAACUUUCCAGUCAUUCCGCUAUGGUCAGUUUAAGCCAACUUACAUGUACACCAAAAUCAUCUCUUUACAAGUCUAAUGUAAGAUUGUUUUUAUUUCCAUAUAUAUUCCUCUUGUGCUGUAUAAGAGGAUAUAAGCCAAUUCCUACCUUGUGAGUGUACUUAUAUUUUCUUCUCAUUUUGCUGGCUCAACACUGUGUGUUGAGGGAUGAGAUCAUUUUCACAUUGAUUAAGUUACUGAGUUCACGAAGGUCCACAUUCAAGACUGACUGGCGAUAGACGAUAGUUAGGCAUCUUACAAACAGCCUCUGAGUCAGCCUUCUAAUUUUG